AUGGCGAGCCCGCCCGCCGCCAACACCGCGCCCAUGGAAGUCGACACUGCCGAGGACAACGACGGGGACGAUGGGGACUCUGCCAUGGGAGCGUCUGUGCUCGGCUCGUCCACGUCCAUGACCAGCAGCAUCAUGCGAUACCGCGAGGAGAACGGGAGGACGUACCACGCGUUCCGAGAAGGAAGAUAUGUCUUACCCAACGACGCGGUCGAGAAUGACAGACUCGACCUCCAGCAUCAUCUAUAUACCCUCACCUUCGACAGACGCCUGUUCGUCUGCCCGGCCGGUAGCGAGAAGCCGUUGCGCCGGGUCCUGGAUGCUGGGACCGGGACCGGGAUAUGGGCCAUGGACUUGGGUGAGAAAAACUGGAACCCCCCCUUGCUGUUUACCGUCGCCCCUUUUUACCGAAUUACCGGGGUUGACCUGAGCCCUAUUCAGCCGUCAUUUGUCCCGCCGAAUGUGACGUUUUACGUAGACGAUCUGGAAGAUGACUGGACUUACUCGUAUAAGUUCGACUUCAUCUACGGUAGGAUGCUGACUGGCUCAAUUGGCGACUGGCCAAGAUUUAUGAGACAGAGCUUUGAAUGGCUGGAACCGGGCGGGUGGAUAGAACUCUCGGACAUCCUACUUGACCUGCAGAGUGACGACGGCAGUGUGACCCCCGAGUGUGCCGUCCAGAGAUGGGCAACUCACAUGAUGGAGGCUGCCGCCGUGUGGAAACGGCCACUGGACAGCUGCAAGUUUUAUAAAGAGCAGCUGGCGGCGGCAGGCUUCACGAACAUUAAGCAUGAGAUUUACAAGUGGCCGACAAAUCCCUGGCCCAAGGAACCGAGGUUCAAAGAGCUAGGAGCGUGGACAUACGAGAACCUGGGAAACGGUUUAUCAGGCUUGAGCUUGGCCCUUUUCACGAGAGCACUGGGAUGGUCUGCGGAAGAGUUGGAGUUAUUUCUUAUGGAUGUCAGGAAGGAUAUGAAGGACAGGUCGAUACAUGGCUGGUGGCCGAUAUAUGUCAUUUACGCACAGAAACCAGACUAA